AUGUCGACUCUAUCUUCUCCAGCCCUGAGCUUCUGCGACUCUCUCUCCUCCCCUGAUCUUGAUGCCUAUCUGGACAGCCUCUCACCUCUAUCUCAACUACCCUCGCCCACGAUGAAGGAAGCUUGGUGGAGAGAGGAAACUCUUCAUAGAAGACAUGACUCGUUGACAUCCGACAUUUCCGCCUCAGUCACCACUGCUGCAAAGGUGCUGUGUAAUAUCACUUCUUGUGACAGCUGCAGCUCCAUCAAACCACUGCAAACAAAGGUCGCGCAGUUCUUGAGCAACUCUCGGGUGCCCAUGGAGACUGUUGCCCUGACCUACAACAUCUUGUCUCAACCAGCCGUUGCGGCUAUGCAUUGCUGGCACGGCAACCCUACCGCAUUUGCUAAGAUUAUGCAAAUCCACGGACCAGAAUCAGAUGGUUGUUGCCAGCGAGCUCUGGUUGUUCUGUCAGCGCUGAAUGUUGCCGUAUCCUUCACCGAGGAUCAUCCUAGAAACUUGUUCCAUUGGUCAAGACAAGUGUCCGGAGGCAUCUUCAGCACUGAGCAGAUCAGCAACCUGAAUCGUAUCCUUCUUGCCAAGCUAGAUUGGUCGAUUCAUCCCCUCGCUACACCGAAGGCAAUUGAGGCAGCUCUCGCGACUCUUUCAGGUCCGGGAGUUGUCGCACACGACAAAGAUCCAGUGUGCACACCAUUCAUCGUCGGUGAGGAGGAGGAAGAUGCUCUCAGGUUAAUCCUCGGGCCACAAACGGUCAUUCAGCAUGGACUUGCGACACCUGAUCCAUCACCAGAGUGCAUACACAGGGAUGACAGCUCGGUAACUCAGUAUCUUCCUUUGACCCCAGCGUAG